AAGAAGUUCAAUGAGUAUUAGAGAGAAAAUGCAAAAAUUGGGUGUAGAGAGAGAAAAUGGGUAAGGAGAGAGAAAAUGAAAUGAAAUGGUGGUUUGAAUUAUUAUUUUUUUUUUUAUUUAUUAUCUAUAGGUGGGUAAAAAAUGUUGUUAAUAUGUAGUUACUACACAAUUACAUAAAGUGGGGUUGUUAGGUUUGUUUAUGCGUUGUUUAGGGGGGAGGGUAUAGAAAUAAAUAACUACAUUAGAGUCUAGGAGUAUAUAAUUAAAUUUAGUCAAUCAGAACAGACCCUAUAUAGUCCAAAAAUAAAUCAACAACCCAUGACGAAUAGUGAGUAGGUGAUGACUUUGAAAUCAUAUCGUUCCCAUAUCCACCAGUUCGCCCCCAUUACUAAGCGGGCCCGACUACCGAACCACACCACAGAUGUUCUACGGCUCCAACCCUUUCUCUCUCCUCUUUGGUGAACCCCUUGCGGCCCACACAACCACCACUUCACCGCCAAUUAGUCAUUCGCAAAUUAAAAUUAACUGAAUGAGAGCGCCACCACAACAAGGUACUCCUCCUAAUCUCUUCAACUUUUUCAACCUUUCCCAAUUUAUUUUAUCUUCUUAGUUCUUUCUUGCUCCAUUGAAAUAACAAAUAUGGCUUCAAAAUUGAUUCUUGUAGCACCUCAUGAAUCCCCAGAUCAAUUAGAAAUCUCUCUAAGAGAAGCUUAUAAUCUUCUUUUACCUAAAUUAACACCCCCAUUAAAGCUAACUAUCCCUUCCCCUGAAGAGUACUUAAACCUUAAUAAAGCAAUUGUUUAUGGGGUUUUAUGUGAACCCAAUUUGGCCAAUAUUCAUAUGAAAUACUUACAUGCUAUUGUAAAUGAUGGGUAUUGUUUGUUUAUCAAUUUACUUUCACAAAUUGUUGAUGGGUUGUAUUCAAAGAUGUUGGAGUUUCCUAAAGUUCAGUUGAUUUGGGUUGCUUCUGUUAUGAUUGAUGUUUCUGGGAUAGGUUUUGAUUGUUUGUUGGUGUCUCUUUUGAGGCAAAUUGUUGGUGGGGAUUUUAGUGAUGGGAAUUUAUGGCUGAGCUUUGAGAUGGUUAAUCUGUUUUCCUUGAAAUGGGAUUUGAUAUUGAAUGAGGAACCCCUAGUGUUGUCUUGUGCUUUGUAUACAUAUCUUAGGUUAUUGGCUGAUCAUUAUCGUCUAGCGUGUAGUCCGAAAUUGAAUGAGUUAAAGAGGAAGGAGAUUGAGUUUUGUGUUAGAAUGUUGAGGGAGCAGUUUCAUUUGUGCUUGAGGAUUGGGAGGGAUUUAGUUCGUCUUUUACAGGACUUGGUUCAUAUCCCCGAGUUUCGAGCUAUAUGGAAGGAUUUGUUGUUGAAUCCAAGUUCGUUUGGGACUACCGGGUUUUCAGACAUUUCUUGUAUUUAUGGCAUGAGGACAUCUAGUAGGUAUUUCUUGCUUAGAAUAACUCCUGAAAUGGAGACUCAGUUGCGGUUUUUGCUUACCCAUGUAAAGCUGGGGUCUCAGAGAAGGCACCAGGCAUGGUUCACUAGGAAAUUCCUAUUUGUGCCAGAAAGAGAGACGCUUGUCUCCGACAUUGUUCGUUUCAUUUGCUGUGCACACCAUCCCUCCAAUGAGAUACUUCAAUCAGAUGUGAUUCCAAGGUGGGCUGUUAUUGGUUGGUUGUUGAAAUUAUGUUCAAAGAAAUACUUUGAAGCUAAUGUGAAGCUGACCUUGUUUUAUGAUUGGCUUUUUUUUGAUGAAAAGGUGGACAACGUUAUGAAUAUUGAGCCUGCAAUGUUAUUGAUGGUGAACUCUAUACCUAGGUACAUCGAUAUGACCAAUUCUCUACUAGAAUUUUUGUUACUAGUUGUAGAUAACUAUGAUAUGGACAGGAAAAAUGUCAUUUACAAAGGUAUGUCAUCUGCUAUAAGUAUGCUAGUCACUAAAGGAGUGAUUGGUUCUCUUGACAUUUUUAUUUCUUGCAACGUUCUGUCUCCUUUGGUCAAAGAGAUGCUUCAAAAAUUUAUAUUCGAGGUCGAAUCUGGAACCUGCAAAGAGCCUAAGGGCCCUCAGCCACCUGGAAUUCUUUCGUCUGAUAUGUCAUCCCAGACUUUGCCUAAUCCACCUGAUCUGGCAAUACAGGAACAUUUAUCUGAAGGACUUCCUGCAUGUCAUAGAAAUGAUGAACUGAAUGCUCAGCACAGCUCUGUAUUAAAACCAACUGAUUCAGCUGCUCCGUUCGACGAGAGCCAAGUUGGUAAUUUGGCAAAUUUGAUCGGCAAAAUAGGAGAGUUCAUGAAAAGCUCAAGCAGAAAAGGCCAGCAACUUGUGGAAAAUAUUCUGCUUUUGUACAUAAAUCCUGCCAAUGAAGAUAAACUUGGUGGUAUUGGCUCUGACUAUUUAGCAUGUGAAUUAAAGAAGGAGCUUGAGUUGGUUGGCUACAAUCUUUUUUCACCUGCUGGAAGUCUUCUAAACAGUGAUGAUGAAGUUCAAUCUAUUACAGCUGUGAUCAUUCGUACAUUCAUUAUUUCUCAACACCAACGGAUCAAAGAGAUGCUAUUCUGGUGGUCAAGGAAUGGGUGUUUAGUUGGAGCCCGCUUGUUGUCAUAUGCAUUGAGACUUGCACACGAAGCUCACGGAGCUGGCUAUGGAGUUGAUUAUACCAGUGAGAUCACAUACAAAAAUAUGCCCUUGCUAAAGUGUCACAUUGAAGAGUAUUUGGCACUAACAUACCAAAAUGAGGAUUGUGUAAAUGGAGCAACUACUCCUACCCCCGAGGUUGAUAGAAAAUUGAUCUCCAACAUGAUUGAUAGUGCUUUCACCUCAUACAGGACUAUUCUUACCCAUGCUAAGGAUGUUUCAAGUAAAGAAGUGUCGGAUUCUGGUAAGCUCCCCUUAAUGGAUGUGGUGUCUAGUUCACUAUGGAAGGGAAAAAGUUUGAAGUUUCUCUUCUGCAGUAUCUUUUUGUAUCUUCCUGAUCUAUCUCUUAGUGAUGAAAGUGUAAUACUGUUACUUGUCAGUCAGUUAGAAGAUGCUGAUCUUUUGUACAUGCAAAUGGACUUGGGAUUGAAAAGGCUCACUAUAUUUGGUGAAGAUGUUCAAAAAGUUCUUCAAUUAAUUAAAAGGUCUUUUUACUGGAAGCACGAAGAUCAGCACAAAAUUUGGAGCUUGAUCAGAUCAGAGCUUAUUGUUAACAGGUUUCCUGUGGAGAAGUUGCUUUUGGGCUGCUUCUUUUCAACUGAUUUUGAUUCAAAGGCUAGUGGUAUUGCUGUUGGUGGACUUCUAGCGCUAUGUAGUUCUUGUGCUCCCACACCAGAAAUUGUUGGUGCUGUCAUGUUAUUGCCUAGUGAUAAGUUCCCUGAUUUUGCUGCUGCCAUCCUCUCCCAUUGGACCAUAACUAAUGCAUCAAUGCUCUCCAAUAGUGUUGCUGAUUUUUUGAAUAAACUUGGAAAUGCGGAUGGGAAUGCUCCUCUUGACUUAGGCAGUGUCUUAGUCAACCAAUCGGCUCUCUUGUUUUUGUUAGAGUAUUUCAAAGGACAAGGUGAACGAGGAGAUAACAUGCUGGAAAAUCUGGCAUUACAUUUAUCAGAUGUAGAAACAAGACCCAAGAACUGUAUAGUUCCAAUGGAUACAGGAUAACUCUGUUGUGCGUAAGGGAAUCUCUGUGGUUUUGAUGAGCACUGAAAUAUAACUAAGUGAUGAAUUGAUCAUGUAACAAGAUGCUUUCCCUAUGAUACAGAUAUUGGGGCGUUAGUCAUCUCUGAUUUUUUGAAUGCCAUUUUUGGUAGCAUUACAUGGAUUGUCUGAUGACUGGUGCAUGGAAAAGGGCACUGGCUAAAGCUUCAUCUCCCAAAUCCCAAAGAAUAUCCCUUGCCUUUAGGGAAAUUCAGAUUUCUCUGGAUUGAUCUGCAAUAAUACUCGGCAUCAAUGUUGAUAUUGUAGAGUGAGCUGGCAAAAGGCGCCGACCUCAAGUUGUUGCAAUGUGGCAUCUGGCUGCUGAUAUUGCAACACACAAGCUUUUUGCAUUUUUCAUAAGGAGACUGAAACUGUGGUAACCAACAAGUUGGCCGCUGUCUGAUGAGUAUUAGUCUUAGAGACACUUGAGGUUUAUUUUCUAUUGGCUUACCCCAAAGUCGCAUCAGAUAAGAAAAUUACAACUUAUUGGUGAGCAUAGGAGCAUGUGGAAGUUGUGGUGAGCAUCUCCACAAGUUUCUGAAAAUUGUACAACUGUCCUGCAUGUCUUCUUGUAGAUGGAUGUCAUUGAUUUGUGCCCUCUUUCUGAUGAUUGAGAGUAGAUGUUGCUUCGAGCAAUUCUCUAGGCUCUCUGGGAUGGAUAUUGUUGUUCUUGCCAGCCUCAAAGCUCUAGAUGCAACCAAAACAGCCAAAGUCAGAAUAUUCCAUGGUUGGAAUCACUAGAGGCUUCUAUUGUCGACUUUUGCUAUGCUCUUUAGAAACACUCACAAUUGCACGAGUCUUGCAAUUUCAGUUGCAUGUAUGUGUGAGAUAAGAAUGAGCUUCAUGUUUUCGAAUGCAGCUCAUGAAGCUUGCUAAUGUCCACUGUUCCGGGAAAACACCAUAUGGGCAUAUCAAUCGUUGGUUCUCUACUCAAUUUUUUUAUGGGUUAGUUUGGUACAGUGUUCUCCGAACCCCAAUAGGGUCAUCUGCAUUUUUCCCAUACCUCUUUUACCUGUAGACCUUAUCCAAUCCAUAAAUCAAAAUAAUUCCUUUUAUUCUAUUACUGUAGUUUAAUUGUAUUGUUCUUUACUAGUUCAAUUUAGUUCAGAUUAUGAUCAUAUUCUUUGACUUGUCCUCUCCUAUCUGAGUUUUGUGAAUUUGUGUGAUUACAGAUUUUUAAAAUCAGGUGUAUUUUUCUUACACCAUUAUCCCAAA